CUUGAACCUCUGCCACAACACCACAAUCUUUGACUUCGGGCAAAAAGAGAGUUGAUAAUACUCAGAAACAUGAGCAAACCAGUCAUCCAAGCUCUCAACAACCUCAUUCCCCGCCAUUCAGGCGCUCUCCCACCAGAGUUAAUUGAGCUGGCGAGUUCAUUGCUAGCACAAUCACGGAAUAAAUGCAGUAAUCUGAAGCAGGACGAGGAGAUUGCGAGAGCAUAUGCUUGUGCAAAUCUAGCAUGCGAGAGGCUCAAAACAACAUUAAACCUCCCACCCAUCGAGCCCCGCCCACCACUGCCACCACGCGUAUACUCAAAGCUCUACGCCUACUUCGACCGCACACUAACCACCUCCGCCGCCCGCAACCGCGCAAAAGCCCGGUCUCCGCCCUCAAAAGCCAGCUCCUCCACGAUCCGAUCCUCACCUUCAAAAGGCACAUCCUCCACGUCCAGAAGCACAGCCUCAAGCAAACAAACACAGCCUUUGCCCCAACGCCUGACGCCAGGGAAAGAGAAGUCCUUCGAAAACUUCAGAAAGAAUAGGACCGAGAGGAAAGGCCUCAAAUACAUCAGCAACACAGACAAAGACGAGCGGAUCCCAAGAUGGGUUGGCCCUACCAUCCGACUUCUGUGCCGUGAGAUGGAAACUCCUCGCGCUGUACCACACUUAUUAGCCGGGGUGGAAAGCGUGUUGUGUCUUCCGUGCCCGUCGGAUCCUAAUGGCGAGAAUGAGAAGGGUGUGGAGGGAAAGAUCCCGGCGUUGAUUGCGGCGCUGUGGUUCUUUGUCGUGGUGAAGAUGAGGGGGAAGGAGGGGCAGGGCAAAGAGAACUUGGCAAGGAAGAAGAUGGUCAGAGAUGUGCUUGUGAGGGCAAAGGAGGACGAAGGAGUUAAGGACAGAGUUGGAGAUGAGGAGAGGACUUGGGAAGGGUGGGAAGAGAUUGUUGAGAAAGAUGUUAAUGCCUGGAGGAAGGAGAUUGUUGUUAAGGGAUGGAGGGAGAUGGAUUGGUUUGAGAAUAUUGAAGAUGGGUGUGGUGUUGAUGGUGAGAUCCAAUCUGAGACGGACGAUGGCGAGGAUGACGACGUCAGCAUGUCUGAAGAAUUGGGGAGUGAGUUUAGGAGAAGGGCUACGGCAUCCAUGAUCCAAGAGAAGUAUAUCAUGACUCCGGCGAAGAAGAAGGAGUACGAAGAAUGGAGAGACAUGAUGCUCGCCGGAAUUGAUAAGAUGAUAGAGGACGGCAUUUUGGAUGAUGGAAUGGAUACCGCGGAAGGAUGAAUCCGGCAUGGAGCAGGAUAUAGGGUACCCAGGUAAACGGAGCUUGGUUAGCAUAUGGUAGGCAGCAAUGAAUAUUUUUGCACUUGUUCCUAGAUCUGUUUUCCUUUCAAAUUGUAAAACUUGACUCAAGUCAGUGUGAG